AUGGCCAUUGGGAUCAAUGUCACUGAGAUACCGGACUCUGAAGAUGAGCCUAUGACGUCGUCGCCUGUCGCAGUUUCAGAUGCAGCUGUCGUCAAUCUCUGUAAAGCAGCGCUCGCCCCUGCUCAAGAACUCCAAGACAGCACCGUUCCUCAGCAAGCGUCCGCCGAGCACGUUGCCAAACCUGUCUCGAGACGCACUGAUGGCUUAUGCGCCGAUCAGGGAAAUGCUUGUGUUGACGUCGAAACGACGCGAAUUGAUCAGACUGACCUGCAGCCUCACCCUACGCCUCAACAAGAAGGAGCUACUGAGAAUGUGAGCAACAACGAUGCAAUAUGUCAAAACGAGGUAGAUGUGACUAUACCAGACCAUCAUCUCGCGGCCGUCGAGGCCAACUCAAGACGAGCAGGAUCAACCCCAGCGCCAGAGUUACAUUUGCAGCCACACAUUAUCCCUGCACCGGAUGCAGAGCGACAGGACGUUGGCGGGACUAUGCAGUCCAAAGCACCAGUCGCAGAAGAAACAUUGGAGUUUCGCACAUACAAUGGCGAAGUAAACGAACCUAUGUUUCUUCGAACAGAGCAGGAGCCAUUGCAGACGGCAGCACUAUGCAUCGAUGAUACGGUUGUUGAAGUCGCUCAACCGAAGCCUAUACCAAAUUAUGUGCCAGAGAAUGAUUCAAUGAGUGGUCAAGCUGAAAAGAUCAUGGAUCACGUUGAUCAUUUUUCAAAGUUCGAUCACCUGCCAGAUACACCCAGCAUCUCUGCAGAGGAAAAAGAUGAAGGGUCACUAGUGUUGCAGGAUCUCGCAGAGCCUUCCAUUAACAGUAGCAAAGUACCUGAGAUUGAAUCUGUUUCGACAGACAACGAUCAAGCUCAGGCGCAUGGGAAAGACGGUGUUGAAACUCGAGAUAGGAAGUCAAAUUCUGAUGCCCCUGUCUCCUCAUUACUAUCUCCUUGUCGUCCGAUACCUACUGAGACCACGGAAGGUGCGGCCAAAGGUAGUGAUUCUCAAGUCAACAGUCGGAUGAUCGGCAGUGCCCUGGAUUUGCCAGCCACAGGGAUCGAACACUCCUCAUUACAGACAGUAAAUGGCACAGCCUUGUCUACACCGGAGCAGCAAUACGACGGUCACAUGCUGCAGGAUUCAUCAAAGCAAAGUUCACUUGCGACAUUAGCGGCAGAGCUGUAUCUCUCAGCUGUGAUGGAGCAUGAAGCUGACGCGAAGCAAUCUAAGAAAUUUGGAACCGAACUCUCCGAUUUGCACACUUACCCAGACUCAACAAUAGAUGGAACAGUUCAGGAACACCCUUUCGAAAUCGCCAACGAUUCAAACGAGACAAAAGGAGGUACCAAAGUCAGCGAUACGAAGAUGGAUGUCAAUGAGCAUGAGAUAGUCGCUGGGACAGAGACGCAGUUGGACAAAGUCGAAAAUGUGUCCCAUUCGAUUGCAUGUGAUGCGAUUCCCUAUCCCUUGUCCGCCAAGAGACCGUUGGAAGAUGAGAAGAAGGUAACCCAGGCAGACGAGCAGCCGGCAGGGAACAAACCUACAACGAGAAAUGAAACUCCUACAACCACGCAAUCGUCGAUGGAAACCAACAUACCGUCUGCGUCUACCGAAUCUAAGCAGCAGACGCAACUCGAUCAGUCCCAAAAGCACACCGAAGCUUUGCCAAGUUCAACCCCCAAACGGACUCCUCAAGAAACCACGCUCGCUGAACUCAAAGCGCAAAAAGCCGCCCUACUAUCCUCCCUCGCCAAUUUUCCAGCUAUCCAAGUGCUUAUGGAGGAGAAUGACGCUUCUGAUGUGGACAUGUCAGACGGCGACGGCGAACCCACCGAUGCGGAUGUCAUGGCUGCGGCAAACAAAAUUGUGAAGGAACAUAUCAAACUGUUGCACGAGUACAAUGAGCUGAAAGAUGUGGGUCAAGGUCUUAUGGGUCUGAUCGCAGACCAACGUGGGGUGAGGAUUGUGGAGAUACAGGACGAGUUCGGAGUUGACGCGCAAGACUGA